CGAGCGAGAACGCAGCGCGAAAGACGUGCGGGCGCGUCCAUUGUGCACGUCUGUCUGCUUCCCGCCACUCCUCGCCCUCGCUGCCCUUGGUCGUCUUUCUCAUAUGGCAGCGAUUGUCGUUUUUCUCUGCUGCAUCGCCCUUGCUCUGGCCCUUGCUCAUGCCAACGAUAUCGCAAGCAACAUCCGCAUCGACCCUCGCACCAGGUGAGCUCACCCAAUGCUUCCACCAAUGGCUCUGUUUCGACUGACGUCAUCUCAUCUCAUCUCAUCUGUCUGUGUGAACAGGUCUUUGGUUGACGCGUAUGGCCGUGUGCGGAUCUUCCACGGCCUCAACGUGGUCAUCAAGAAGACCCCCUGGGUGCCCCGCACCGACACCUUUCACAAGCAUGACUCGCUCACGGCGGAGGAGAUGGAUCAGCUGAGGGAUUGGGGCUUCAACAUGGUCCGACGUAAGUGUGGUGUGGGUGGGACGAAUGAGCAAAAGAGGAAAAAAGGAUCACACGGACGCAGUGGCUGUGUGUGUGUGUGUGUGUAUGUAUUGUGUCUUAAUGCAGUGAAUCUGGCGUGGCCUGGUGUGGAGCCCUACGAGCAGGGCAAGUACAACAUGACUUACUUGGAGAGGGAGCGGCAGGUGGUGGACAUGUUGGCGGACAGGGGCAUCUACACGCUCCUCGACGCACACCAGGACCUGCUCAGCCCUAACUACUGGUCAGUGAGUGAGAAACAAGCACACACACACACAUGCCGGCCAUGCUGAUCUACCUUACCUGCAUUGCUUCAUGCCUGUGUAUGUAUGUGUGUGGGUGUCUGUGUGCUUGAUGCAGCGGUCACGGCAUGCCUCAGUUCUACGUCGACCGCAUCGAAACGGAACACUUCGACCAUGUGCCACAGUAGGCCGCUCACAUCACAAGCUCAUGCGCUCUGAUCUUCCCAUCUUUCCCUGCCUGCCUGCCUGCCUCUCCGUGUGUGUGUUUGUCUGUCGUGUCAGUUUCCCCAUUCCCGUGCCCAUCCCCGGUGCCGAGCAGAACGAGAAUGCCAACGACACAACGGACCUCACCCUGCCUGGUCAUGCUUUCGAGCUGGCCCACACGUGCAAGAACGUGUUCUUCUUCAUGCUAUACUUCUCGGCUCGGGUGUCCAAGCUUUUCCAGGCGUUAUACGACGACAAGGGGGGACUGCUGGAGGGGUUCGAGGGCGUCUGGCGCGAGGCGGCGGCCGCCUUCAAAGACGUGCCCUCGGUGCUCGGCUUUGAGCUCAUCAACGAGCCGUGGUAUGGCGACUACAUCAGCAAACCUGGUACGUACGCAGACGCAUGGACAGAGAGCGACAAACGAGCAUGUGUGUCAUGUGGCUCUAACAGAUCUGUUGAUGCUGCCGGGUCGGUCUGAGCGUCAGAACCUGGUGCCCUUCUACAGGCGGCUCGCCAAGGCCAUCAGGGAGAGGGACCCUGACCAUCUUCUGUUCUUUGGGAAGGUGCCGGUCAACCUGGUAGACGGGGGCUUCCCCAAGAACCCCCUCCACCUGCCGUCAGACGACCCCGGCAGCGUCUACUCUAUCCACCCAUACUGCGCGCCGACAGACAGCCCCGGCGCCAUGCCGGCCAGCGUGCAGCGGGGAUUCUGCAAGCUUACCGAAGAAAUGCACCUGAGUGGGUGACAGAGGGAAAAGGAGACAGACCACUGCGGUGUCCAUGGUGCGUGUCUUCAGAGUCUGCCGAGCGUGACGUGCACCGGAUGGGCGAUAAUGUGCUGCCGUUUAUCACCGAGUUCGGGGCCGUCGGCUCGUCGGAUGAGGCGCUCAUGUCCCUCCACCCCCUCCUCUCGUCAGCCGACCACCACAUGCUGUCGUGGGCAUACUGGAACUACAAGAACCCUUGGAGCGAGGAGGGCAUCUACGAAGGCCACAACGGCACCCUCCAACUCAACAAGGUCAAAUGCCUCAGCCGCACCUACCCCCAGGCCGUCGCGGGGCAGCUACUUGCCUUCCGGUAUGACCCCUCCACCGCUGCCUUCGACAUGGUGUUCGUCCCCAACGCGUCCAUCUCCGCCCCGACCAUCAUCUUCGUCAACGAGGCUUUCCACUACCCAUCCGGCUACACAGUGGACGUCACGCCCUCAGAUGGGGUGACCAUCGAGCGAGAGGACGCCCACCACGUGCUCAUUCGGGUCGAGCGGGCGGAGGGCAUGUCAGAGCAGCAGCGCCCUGUGCUGAGGCGGCCGACCCCUGGACCACCAUCAGCCUCUGAGCAGGCCGUGCGAGAGGUCAUCGAGGAGGCGGCGGGGUCACAGCAGCAGCAGCAGCAGCAGCAACAGGAGGCGUCGACCCGAGGGCUGCCAUGGUUCAUGGAUGUGUCCAAGCUGUUUGACAGCAUGAUGCGGCUGGUCCUGGGGGGGCACGUGCCCAUCGGCGAUGAUGCUGAUGCUGGUGCAGGGGCCGGUGAUGAGAUCGACCAAGAGAUGGCGGAGAUGCGCAAGGUGGACGGGGCGGUGACUGUGAAAGUGAGGCGGAAAUGAGGGAAUGAGGGGAUGAGGGGUGCGUGCGUGGGGGAGGGAGAGGUGUGGAUGGCUGUGGAUGGACAGGGGGAUAGAUGGCACGUACAAGACGAUCUAUCUGUGCAUAUGUAUGUAUGUAUGUGUGUGUGUGUGUAAAGACAACCAACGCCGCACGAGAGAGGAUGAGCAAGUGCAUUUGUUUGUAAGGACAGGAAGAGAGCAAGGGCGGGUCAGAAUAGGUCGGUCCGUCGGUCGGUCAUGGAUGCACGUGUGGGGCCGCUUCUGCAGGCAGCGGACAUACACGUACUUCCGCUCCAAGCCGAAGCCACACCGUGUACCAUACCACUAUUGUUUUUGAUUGACAUGUACACUCAUCGUGCGUACGGCUGCUUUUGCGCAUCCAUCCGUGGGAGGUGUGGUGUGGUGUUGUUUGUCCAAGCUAUCUAUAGGGGGGCCGGCUGCAUGGCAUGUACAGAUCGAUACAAUGCAAGGAAUGCAAUGCUCACCCCAUCCCAUCUCACCCCACCGGCUUUCUUGCCGCAUCGCUUCCCACUUACUGACUCACUCUGCUCGUCUGGAUGCACUCUCGUGCGUGUUGGAAGUGGACAGCACGCGCGAGGGAAUGGCCGGCUGUCUACUGUCUUUGUGCAUACAAUCGAAUCAGAUGGAUGGAUGGAUGGAUGGCGGGGUUGGUUGCUCGUUCGUUUAGUGAGCUUUCUCUCUCACUCUCAAGCACAUCGCUCUCUCUGUGCUUGCUCGCCGCCUCUGGCACUCACUGGGGCAGCACACAAGUUCCUGACUCAGCCACUUGAGUUGAGAGCAUGUUCUGUGUUCUUCUCCACCUGUAUGGCCAGGUGAUGGAUGGAUGGAUGGCAGCUCCGCUGGCCGUGGAUGGAUGCUGCAUGUGCAUGGCUGGCUGUGUGCAGACAGACCUUCUUGCAUGCAUGAGGUGUCGGUUGGAUUCGACAGCUGAUUGAUUUGCCACAGCGUUCAAAACGCUUCGAGCUGCCACACACACAAGUGCGCUCAUCCAUCCAUCUGCCGCUUGAGAUGUA